UCAUAAGUUAAAAGUUUUUUUUUUUUUUUUUUUUAAAGUAAAGUUUUGGUCAUAACCCAAGGUGUUCAUGUGUCAGGGCAGAUGUAACUCAAGGAUCCACUGUAUAUGUAUGUGAAAAUGCUUCUAAUACUGCCGUUAAAUUUUUUCUAAGGUGUCUUUAGAAUAUUUGCUUGUAUUUAUGAUUAAGACUUUUUAAUUUCGGGGGCUGGAGAUUUAGCUCAGUGGCACAGCGCCUGCCUGGCAAGCACAAGGUCGUGAGUUUGAUUCCCGGUACCAGAAAAAAGAAAAGACUUUUUAAUUUCAGUAUCGUUAAGGUCAAAUAAUAGCUUUCAUUAUGGGAACUACAAACCUGUCUUUCUUUCAGUCUUCUACUUUUCCUUUCUUACAUGUCGUAUUCGGUACCUGUGCGCAGUUGAAAGUUGCCACAUUUUCUUUGCUCCACUUUGAUCAAGAAGUAGCAAUUAUUUUCCUACCCCGUCAGCAUAGGCCAGUAGAGUGCUGUACUGUGAGACACAAUGUGGAGCCUAGCGGCGCCCGCUCCUGCCCUUGUGCUGUCCUGUGGUCUGUGAGGGGGCCUGGGCUAGCACCACCAGAGGUGUGAUGAGGCCCCCAGGCCUUUCUGUCCCUCUUAGUUUGACAUAUGACUGUAGCCGCAUAAUCGACGUCAGGCAAGACCAGCAGAACUGCCCAACUGAGCUUAGCCAAAAUGCUGACUCCAAGACAAGCUCACUGGCAAGUGUGAGGUCCCGAGUUCGAGUCCCAGUGCAAAAAACAAGACAAGUUUCUCUGUUAUACAGACAGACUUCCCAACACCUGAGGGCAGCUAUCAGGAGUCAUUUUUAUUAUUUGCUUUCACCUUACAAAUAUCCCACAUUUCUUUCACUAUCUUUGUUCCUCUGACAUAAUUUCAUGUUCUGUGGUCCUUGUAUUUAACUGGUCGCUCUUCACUGGACUUCUUCCAGCCCGCCGAAUUUCUCUUUAAAUUUGUGGCACUCAGAAUGGAAACCAGUGUUUCAAAUAUGUUUUGCCACUUUUACCCCUCAGUGACUGUUCCUGGAAGCCUCCCUCCUAACAAGCCCCAAACGUUAGCUUCUUCCUUCUCUUGCCUCCUCGUCUCUGCCUGUCCCACAAGAGAUAAACGUUCUCUCUGUGUGGCCUCCUUUGCAGUGCUCUCUUCCUCAGAACCUGUUCCUGCCCUGAAGUGCUCCGAGCGCUUUACCCACACCGCUCUCUCCCCCGUGCGGUGCCAGCGUGGGGGGCCUGGCUCCUUGGUGAGGCUGCGAAUUCCUGAAAGCAUCUGUGGUAUUUUAUUUUUGUGCCUUAACACUUCACAGAGUACUUGGCGCAUGUUAAAUGCUUGAUAAAUAUUUAAUAGGUGGGCUAAUUAACUAAUAGACUUUGGGUAACAGAAUAUAUUAUCGUAUGACCUACAUUUUCUCAUCAGGGUGUCAGGACGGCUAUGAGGUUACUGUUUAAAUCAGGAUAGCAUGUCCUUUGGUUUUCCAUUAAAAAGAAAACGCAUUUGAUAUAGAUACUUUUCCAGCUCUGUAGACUGCCUUCUGAAAGAUUUUGGCAGAGGUUUGUUUACUGUUUCUGGAAUGUGAAUUCACUCAUUUUUGAAAAUCAAGGCAUUUGUUCUGUUCUUUCCUUUCUCCAAUGCAUUGCUCUAGAAAUUAAUUCACGUACACACUUUCAUGUAAUUUAUCAUAUUAUUUCAUGUAACUUAUUAUAAUUUAUUUAUGGAAUGUUAACUGUAUGGGUUGAGUAAAUGUGGCUUCGUUGUUAUUACUAACAAAAAAACAGUCGUUUAUGUUUGUAAAGUGCCUUACCCGUUAUAUUUUCCUGUACCUUUGAGUCUUGGCAGACCUGCUUAGUAGCUAGGGAUAGUUAUCUGCGUUUUAGGAGAACAAGCUUAGAGAGAAAGGUCACCUGCCUAGUGAGAGGCCAGAAUUGAACCCAGCUCUGGCAGAAAACCUGUUGCUCACUUGCUACCUGUGGCUCCAGAUUCCUUCUGGAUUAGGUAGGAUCUUUUCCUUUUUUGUUUUCGGUACCGGGAAUCGAACUCAGGACCUUGCGCUAGCCAGGUAGGUGCUGUGCCACUGAGCUUGGAUCUUCUUGAUGGAGAAGAACAGGUGGCAGGAAGGCAGUUAAACUGCUGUGCUUUCUUUGCAUUUCUUGCCUUUGCCAUUCUCCAACCUUUUCCCCCUUUAACUUGUAAGUAUCUUCCUACGCUGGCCCUGGCCGCCUGGCCAUGUAUUUCCCAUUGCCGCUUGGAUCCGUGCAGAGCUGCAAUGGGCUGGCGAGUGCUGUAGCGACCAAGGGCAGGAGCACGCAGCAGCUGUGCUGGUGUCUGGUGCUGUGCUAGGUGUCUCCUCUGUUACCAUUCGCUGGCACCACCUUUCACAGAUGAGGAAAGGGGGCGAAGACACCUCCCCUGGUACUCCUGGCACAAUCUCCGCCUUACGCCCGGUACUGAAGCGCUUUCAAGUGGAAAGUCUUCUUUUUUUAAAAAAAAAUUCUUACUGAUACAUGUUCACAGUUUGUAUGAAUUAGAUUCUUUGUGGGGAGUUGGUACAUGUACAUAACUCAUCUUAAUUCUUUGUCUCGUAUUUCUUGGUAGUCUUUUUGUACAGAUUUAAUCCCCCUUUUGUGAUUGCUUUAAAGGACGUACUACAUGGGCUUUGCUUUUCCUGUGGUAGAAAGGCGCUGGGAAUACUGGGUUCACCUCUUUCCUUCUCUUGUGCUUUUUCCACUCGGUCUAAUAUUGUUAAAAUGUAAACUAUGUUACACACACAGCACACAUCAUCUUGUCCACAUUUCAUACUUCAGCGAGAACUAGUUUCUCAGAUGGGUCUUUACAGAGAACAGAGCUCCACGGAAACGGGUCCCAGCACAGGUAAGAGUCAGGGGCCGAGGGAAGGGCUGCAGCAUGGGGCAUGGUACCCUGGGGCGGGUCCAGAGGGCGCUGGAUCUUGGAGAGGAUCGGUUACUCACGGGGUGUCCGGCUGCAGAAGGCAGGGGCACUGACCAGCAGCCUCGCAGUUUUAAGGGUUGGCAACACACACGGCCACUUCGGAGACCUCUCCUGCCUCCUGCUGAGGAGCACUGCCUUCCAGAGAUAAUCAACAUUUCUUUCUUAAAAUGGAGGCUUAACAACUCCAAACCUGGUGGUUUCAUCAGAACUAUAAACUGCUAUAUGUUAGAAGUGGAAGGAAAGAAUUUCUGCCAUGGCUAUACGUGCAAUUUAAAAACGCUUCUUUCAUUUCUCCACUUUCCAGACAACUGCAGCAUGACUUCCCCAUGGCCGUGAUUUUCAGCACGGAUGAUUUUUUCGCAAGGGAAGAUGGUGCCUAUGAGUUCAAUCCUGACUUCUUGGAGGAAGCUCAUGAAUGGAACCAGAAAAGAGCAAGAAAAGCAAUGAGGAAUGGCAUAUCCCCCAUUAUUAUUGAUAAUACCAACCUCCACGCCUGGGAAAUGAAGCCCUAUGCAGUCAUGGCACUUGAAAAUAACUAUGAAGUUAUAUUCCGAGAACCUGACACUCGCUGGAAAUUCAACGUUCAAGAGUUAGCAAGAAGAAACAUUCAUGGAGUCCCAAGAGAAAAAAUACACCGAAUGAAAGAACGGUAUGAACAUAAUGUUACCUUUCACAGUGUACUUCAUGCGGAAAAGCCGAGCAGAAUGAACAGAAACCAGGACAGGAAUAAUGCCUCACCUCCCAGUGGUGCAGGAUACUGGCAUUCCUACACAGAGUUUCCAAACCGGAGGGCUCACGGCAGCUUCACAAAUGGGAGCUCCUUCAGCAGAAGGGGCGGCUGUCACCACGGAUAUUAGAGGCCUAUCUUACAGCCAUUCAGCAUUUUCCUAAAGAAGUUUUUACUUCAAUAUUUGGUAUUUAUUGUCUGUUCAAUUUUAGCAGAGCUCUGAUUCCAGUGUAAAUAGCCAAACCCCGAAGUUUCUGGGAGGAGGUCACUCUAUUCAUUAGCAUCAAGAACGUGUUGAAGUGCACCUGCGUGCAUGGUGUGAGGCUGGGCAUUCUGUGGAUUUCAUGAAAGUCUUUCUCUAGGGAAAGAAUUUGGAACCGAAAUCCAAGAACAUAACCAACUGGUCACAUAGGUUCAUACAUGGAAGUGUUUAUAUUAUACAUAAAUUUCCAUUUAUGUAUAAAGUACCAUUUUUAUGAAUCCAUUUAUUUUUUUCAAAAAUUUCAUCUCUUACCAGGAAGGUGGAGAAAGGAGGGGAGAAGAGGUAGAAAAUGCUUGUAGUGCCAUGCUACUUGAUAAUCUAUGUAUCCAAAAUCGUGAGAUAUGUCACUAAUGAUACUGACUUUCCUUUAAAAUGGAUAGAAAACUCACAGAUAAGGGAAUACUGUCUUCACAGCAGACACUUUGGGAAGUUAUUCCUUUAAUUUAAUGAUCUAUUACUAUUGAAAUGUCUGUGGAACCUUGAUAGCUACACAAGUGACUCAGGAAAAUCAGUGUCAUUAUUUGUCAUGCUUUGUGUCUAACUACUUUAUUCAACACGAUUAAACCUUUGUCUGUGGUCUGUGUAAAUAAAAUUAACCUGCCUUCAUAAGACAAUUUUAAGUGGAACAAUUAAGCAAUUUUUACAGUUAUGCCUAUAAAUGUAGUUACUUGGCAGCCAAAAUAUUUGCGAGUGCAAGGAAUUAAGCAGCCUAGGAUAAAGAUCACAUGAGUGUGUAAAGCCAUGCUCACUGGAAGACCAGCAGUCUUAAUGUUUUACAUGGCAUCAUUUGAGACAAUAAACUUCUACACAGCUCUGGAAUGUCUCUCUUAUGUGGCUACUGAAUAUAGGAAUCCAAGUUAAAUCCCAGCACUUAAGGCCGGAUUAAUUUGGUAUGAGGUCAUGAUGGAUAAGCCAAUAGGGUAUGUGUUCUAUUUAUUGUUGGCCAACAGCUUCUUUCUAAUGUUCUGUGAAUUAUUUUAAGUGUCUUAUAUAAUGGUGCUUUUAUGGUUAUUACAAAUUGUAUAUGGUAUUGUGUUUAUAUGGAUUUGUCAUUGAAUUUUUUUUGUUCAAUAAAUUUACCUAAAUCCCAAGGAAUUCAA